CAAUUUUAACUAUUGGUCGGACAGAGGCCUAAACGGACCGAAACCCUGGAUAUGGUUUGGAAAUACAUUCGAGGAGUUGUUUCGGUCGAUUUCGGUCAUCGAUAGAGAGAGGCGUCAAAAAUAUGGACCAACUUAUGGUGUGUUUGAAUCAAAUGAACCAAUUAUGAUGACAUCGGAUCCCCAGUUAAUCAAAAAUAUUUUGAUCAAAGAUAUCAAAUCGUUUGGUCACCUAAUGCCCCCAUACAUACCAGAGCCCGAUCAUCCAGUCUAUAGGCAUGUCCUUGAUAUAGCUGACGACGAUAACAAUCAACGUAUGCGUGCAGUCUUCAGGACACUGUUUACCGAUAAGAAACUUAGAUUAAUGGCCAAAAAAAUUGAUAAAACCUUAAUACGAUUGACAAAUGCUUUGGACAAUGAAUUGUUUGGCCAGUCGUCGGCGUCGGCAUCGGUAUCUGUUGUCGACAUUAAGCAGAUGUUCAUCAAUCAGUCGAUAGAUUUGAUUGGAAAUGUUAUGUUUUCGUUGAAACAACAAUAUAAUACAUUCAAUGAUAAUCCUAAUCCUAAUAAUACUAAUUAUAAUAAAAUUACCCAGCUAAUCAAACGUUUGUUUAUACGAUCAAAAUACCAUAUAUUAGCCCAACUAGUUCUACCAAAAUUCAUGCUCCGUGUGCUUAAUAUGACUUCCCUUAUAUCUGCCGAUGAUCUGAAUAAAUUUACUGAUCUAACAGUUAGUGAGUUAACUAAACGCUUGAACAUCAAAACUAUAAGCACCGAUACGUACGACGAUUUUCUACAGUGGCUGCUAAAUAGGUGUCCAGAAUUUAUGGACAAAUCGGUGGACAAACCGGUGGACAAAUCGGUGGACAAAUCGGUGGACAAUGAAACUGAUGAGACAUUAUCGUCAUUAUCGGAUAUGUCAAAAACAAUGAGCAAACAGGAAGUGGUGGCCAAUAUGUUUUCGCUAUUUUCGGCAUCGUAUGACAGCUACUACCUAACCAUGACAUUCAUUAUCUACGAGUUGGCCAUAAAUCCUGAUUGUCAGCAACGAGUUUACGAUGAAAUUAUUACUUGUUUUCGGGAUAAUAAUACCGAUAGUCAAUCGACAACAAUCGAUGGCCAGUUGUUUGAUUGGGAAACGUUAGGCAAACUUGAGUAUCUGGAGGCCUGUAUAUCGGAAACAUUGAGAUUACAUUCAAUUCUCAAUAGAGAAGUUAGGAUUGCCAGACAUGACUAUACAGAUGAGACAACUGGUGUGACCAUCAAAAAGGAUCAGAUGAUACAGUUUUCACGUUCAGCAGUACAGCUUUGUCCCGAUUACUACCGAAUGCCCGACCAGUUCAUACCCGACCGGUUCCUCAAACAAAACAAACACCAAUUGAUUGACUCAACGUAUCUGCCGUUUGGUUUGGGCCGUCGUAUGUGUCCCGCCUAUAAGUUUGCUCCGAUGGCCUUAAAAUUGAACACGGCACAUUUGCUGGCCAGGUACCGAUUUUUACCGAUCGAUGGCCAAACCGUAUUCAAAACCGAUCCGAUUUUUGAACACUACGCCUAUUGUCCAGAAAAAUUAGUAUUGAAAAUUGAAAAACGAAAAGUUUAA